AUGAAUCCUGAUGCUGUAAAAAAAAUUACUUUUAUUUACAAAAAAAAUCAGUAUGAAUUAAAUAUCGGUCUAUCGGCUCCAAUUGAAGUACUUGUUAACGUAGUUAAAGACCACUUCAAUAUACCACCCCAAGUUAAUAUAUGUUUUAUAAAUGCAAGCACAAAUGCUACACUUAUCCCAGGAAAAGUUGUUCACUUUUGGCAUGAUGCAUCAAACCAAGUGCCUAUAUAUAAAAUUAUACUUGUGAACCAUGAUGAAAAUGAUGUACAAGCAGAGGGACGAUGUGAAUCCUUCAUGAAAUAUUAUAUUUUACCAUUUUUAGGGAAAGAAACUAUUUCUGACACAAAAAAAUCCAAUUAA